AUAACAGCAUCUGUGAUGGGGGAAGUGUGUCGUAGGACUAAAGUUGCACCAGACAAUUUAUUGAAAAAAAUUUGUGGUUAUACUGAUGAAUCACACAAUUAUAUGUUUCAAGUACAAGGACAAAUGGCUGUGUAUGAACUGUCUUUGGUAGACUUUGUUGUAUACACAAAGAAAGACAUCAAUGUUGAGCGAAUUAGAUUUUCUCCAUCAACUUGGGACAUGAUUGGGGGAGUAAAUUUGUGA